AUGAUCAGCGUUUCUGGGCUUGAAAAUGGAAUCGAUGUUAAAACUGUGAGUUUACACGCUAUGACUUGAGAAUUUGCGAGAAUACUCCGAUAUAUUCAAAUUGAAUUAAACUUACUUUGCCCGUUUUCUAUUGAUUUUUUCAAAAUUUAUAACGUUUCAGAAUGCGCAAAACUUUAAACUGCCAUCAGUAAGUGAGAAAAUGUAUAAAAUUUGACAGUCAAGGGUAAUUUUGAGUUUUGCGGAUAUUACUUCGAAUUCACAGCAUUUAAUUAUAUUUUGGCGUGGCUUGUGCAGAAAAAUCCAGAGGCCGUGUGAAAAAAACGUGAAAAAAAGAUUUUUGCCGAAUUUGAAAAACUCUAAUUCGCUAAUGUUAUACAUUAGAACGUUCUCCGGUAUCCGAUCGAGUUUGUAAAACUAACAUAAAUUAUAUCAUUAAAAAAACGCAAUUAAAAACUCUAUUGUGCUAAAAGUAAUCUCGCGAAAUUCGAAUUUAUCCCUGACUCGCUUCGAUUUUGGACUUUUUUGGCGAAUCUAAAAAAGAUGUCGAAAAUCUGUGAGUGAUCCGAUUCAGUGUACAAAAUGAUAGAUGAAUCCGAAUUUUCAAAAUUCGAGCCCUUUUCUUACUUGUGUAAAUCGGGAAGUGAGUGACGGGGAAUGUGUUAUUUAGAAAACUUAUGUGAUGUGAAGUAUAAAGUGAGAUAAAAAGUUCGCGAUUGCGACUGAUUGUGGUCUGAGUCGGCCAUUAGCUCGGCCCAAAGCACAGCUCUGCUUUUUCUAGAUGGUUCUUUAACUUUUUUAAAUAUCUUUUUCCGAAGCCUCUCCAACUUUUUUGGGUUUCUGAGCGCUUCUAUCAUGGAAUAAAUUUCAUUUCACGAACGGAAAAAAUUUACUCUAAAAAAUUUCCAAUAUUCUCGUACGAACUCAAAUAGUAAUUACCCCAAAACUCAAAAAUCGACUCGCUUGAGCAGGGGUCGAGUUGAAACUUUGGCGACUUAUGAACCUACGCCCAAGGAAAGAAAGUAGAUUAUUUACUAGACCCCAUAGGCUUCUGAGAAAAAUCUCUUCAAAGAAAUAGAGGAAGAGUCAUAUACGCGCCUGAACUUCCUUCUUUCACAAGGGUAGCUUGGGGCAGUCUCGCUGAUUUUUUUUUUUUGCGUAUCCACGGUAUCUGCGGAGUUUAAAGUUUUUCUGCAUUUCCCUUGAAGGCAAAAAAACCUUGUAAAAAGACAUAAAAUGGAUGAAAAACGAUUUUUUUCUUGAUUAAUUUGGUUCUCAAAGAAGAACUUAAUUUAAAAAAAUAGUCUGUUUUUUUGCACUACAACUAUGUAUGUUUCAAUUUGCGUCAUUCAUAGAAAAAGAUUUCGAGAGAUCUAGGAAAAAAAUUCCAACAGGCAUCGAAGUGCGAAAUAUGACUUUUUUUCAAUUCCUUCAAUUUUUGAUAAUCAAUUUUUUUAAGAAAUGACGUUUUCACUUUUUUUAUGCUGUUCACAAACUUUUUCUUCUUCUUCUUUAAAAAUGCAAACAAUUUUGCGCUCACCAUCUCGGGCAUUAUCGUGUCAGAACCCUUUUUUUCGAUGGCUCAAACCAGCCGUGAAUCAGCUAUACGAAUCUAUCCAUAUUUGGGAAAAAUCAAAAAGAAAAAUUCUGAAUUGGAAGUUAAAAAAAUACCUCAUAUUUAGAUGAAAAAGCUAGAACGAAAAAAAGUUUAACGUCAAUGUUUGCAUGAGAAAAAGUACAUUUUUUUAGAGUGAACAAGCGUUUUUUUGGAAGAAAAAAACUGGGUGAUCCGAGUGAGUAGCUCGUGUACAUUAGAUAAGAAAAACCAAGCAAGAAAAAAAAUAGAAUGUUCAAAGAAAUUUCGGCGAAACGCAAAAAUUAUCUCUGACUCUCGAGAAUUUGGUAUCUUUCUCUUUCUCUAACGGGUAUUUUGAAUUUCGCGGAAUCACUUUGAACACGGCAUAUACAUUUUUCUUGGUAGAAUAAAAAUAAAACUAAAUCUGAGAGCUUUAUCGAAUAUUUCAUUGCGACUUUUUACAGGAAACGUGUAAAACGACUCGUCUAGAUGAAGGCGUCGCGAUAUUGGAUUGUUUCUCGUUGACGAUCAAGGAGAUUAAAUUUUUCUGUUAAUUCCGUUAGCAUUUUGAUUAUUCGAGUUGUCUCUUUUUCUUUUCAUCUCGAUUGAAAACUAUAUUGAAUUUUCUCAUUUGGCUAUCGAUUCAUUAGUCAUUUUUUACGCUAAUCUUCUUUGAGCUAUUUACUAUUUCUUUUCUCUACAAAAAAGUUUUGGACAGUCUUUUUGAGUUUUUAUUUGUAUGAAGUUUCUUCAAAUAUAUAUUUUACAAAAAUGUUAUCUUUAUAUCCUGCUAUAGGUAAUCUACCUAAAAAUUAUUUCCGAUAUCUGAAGUUUUGUAAACUAAUAAGGCAAACCCUCUUUUGGCUUCAUUUUUCGUACUUUAUCAAUCAGUCAUGAUUGACGAAGUACGAAAAAUAGAGCCCAAUUGAGCGAAAGGAGGCUAUUUGAAUGGUAAAAUCGCAUUGAAAGCGCCUCGAAAGCGGCACAACAGCGCAGUUCCCCCGACGCGGCGGCACUACUGCGCCACGAAAGCGCGGGAUGUGCGCGCCUUUAGGCGGGGAAGAGGGCGCCUUUAGGCGGGGAAGGGGGCGCCUUUAUGCGCGCAGUUGUCGGAGGCGAAACUCAGUAAUUUUUUUAUCAUUCUAAAUAUCUUAACGAUUUUUUUCUUAAUCAUUUUGAGCCAUUAAAAUCCAGACCUUUCAAUAUUCACUUCUCUGAAAAGAAAAAUGGAAUUUUCUUUUUUCUUUCAAUUUUUCAUUGCUCUAUUUCUAACACGUAUUGAAAGUUGUAAGACUUUUUUUUUAGGAGUUUAUUUUUGAUAUGCUUUUGUUUUAAAAAUUAGUUCUCCUUCUUUUUUUUACACUGUUUAUUUUUUUAAAGGUAAAUUUCAGUGUUUCAAAACUUAUUUUUUUGUCAGGUUUUUUUGAGCUUGUUCAAGUUAAUUUUGAUACAUCUCAAGCUGAGUUCAACGUUUCGAAAAUCCUUUAUAAUCUUGUUUCUUUUUGAAAUUUAGUACUUACGAUUUGUGCAAAAAGUUUAUCGUUCAAAAGUCCUCCUAAAUCUCGUUUUUUUUUUGAAACUUAUUUUAAAUGAUUCUCCUCUUUUUUUUUACCUUUAUUUAGUGUAUUGAAAGUUCUUUUCAACUUUUUUUCUUUUUUUUAAAUUCUGAUUCUUUUCGUUUCUUUUAAACAUUCAUUCAACUCUUUUUGAAGUUCUUUUUGAUUGUUUUUUUUUUAUUUCUAGAAAAAUAGUUCUCCUUUCUUUCAAUAGUUGAGUUGAGCGUUUCGAAAUAUCUUUUCGUUUCCUUUUCCAGUGAUUUUCUUCCAGAUCUAUGAGCGUUGGAUCGCAUGGGAACCUCCAGAGCAGGCCUGGCAGACUUAUAUCAACUUUGAGUUGCGGUAUGGAUUUCAAUUUGUUAAUUUUAGACUUUUUCUAGCAAAACUAAGCUUAUUAAAAUCUCUUUUUAUUGGUUUUCACAUUGUUCAGUUACAUAUAAUCUGAUUUUUUUUCAGCUACAAGGAAAUCGACCGAGCCAGAUCCAUCUAUCAAAGAUUCCUGCAUGUCCACGGCUCAAAUGUCCAGAAUUGGAUCAAAUAUGCCAAGUUUGAAGAACGAUUUGGCUACACUGGCAACGCUAGAGCGGUAGUUCAUGAUCUUUCCAGGGACCUUAUGGAAUGGAAGAUUUUCAGGCCUAUGAAAAGGGCAUGGAAUAUUUCGGGGAAGACGACAUUAAUGAGACUCUUCUCGUGGCCUUUGCGCUCUUCGAAGAAAGACAAAAGGAACACGAAAGGGCCAGAGCCAUCUUCAAGUGAGUUUUGGAGCUUUGUGCCGGUUUCAAAAUUAUCCCUGACUCUCCAAAGUUCAGUUCUUAAGAUUUGAGGGACUCAAGAUCUCUGGUAUCGUUUUCCAGAAGAUAAUUGAUUUUUAUUCGCAAAAUAAAUUCAAGAAAGUUUUUUCCCCAUGUGUAGACUUUCUAUCUUUUGGGAAAUAUUUUAGUGGCCUCUUCAGUAAUUUUUCCUCCAGUAUUCCUUCCAAUAACUCUGAUAACUUUAAAACAAACAGAUUGAACUAGUUAUGUUGAUCCAUUGACCCCUAAAGUGGCCACUUAAAUAUUUUAGCGGUCUAGUAGUAGCACUCAGACCUCUAUAGUGGCCACUAAUUUUUAACCCCUUGAGCGGCCUCUAAUUUGACUACUAUAGUGGCCACUAAAACCGCGACUCGAAACUGUCUGACUUCUCUGCGCUCUCUCACCUCCGCGGCUUUCUCGUCUUUGCCUGGUUAGAGAGAAGAGAGCGCAGAGAAGCUUGACGGUUUUUUUUCUUCGAUUCUUUGACGGCUAUUUUGAUUUCCAUGGAAUCAAUUGGAAAAUGAAAUUAGAGCUUAUUUUUGUUGGAGAUAUAUGUUUCUAGAAAAAAAGUGAAUUUUUAUUUCAAUGGUGUUGGAAUAUAGUCGUGACCAAAAAUGGUAUAAGUAGGCUUUUUAAGAAUUUUUUUCAGAACGAUUUUUGAAAAAAAGAACCUUGAUUUCGAAAAAUUUUUGAAAAAAAGAACCUUUAUUGACGAAAAUGUUCACAGGUUUAAAAAAUGUGCAAAGCGGGAAAUUGUAUUUUAGCAAGAAAAAUAAGUGAAAAACCUAACAGAUUUUUUUCUUUUAUAUGAAAAAGACUUUUUCCCAUCACAAAUAAAUUUAAUUGAGAUAAUCACCUUUUUUUAUAUUUCAUACUUUCCUCUAUUAAUUUUAGUUUGAGGGCUGUUUUUUUUUUUUUGAUUGGUUCAAGUUUUUUUUUCUUCCUUAGCAUUGCUUUUGUAUGAUUUUUCUCAUUUUCAUAACUUUUCCCAGAUUCGGCCUCGAUAAUCUGCCUUCGAAUCGUACCGAAGAAAUCUUCAAACAUUAUACCCAACACGAGAAAAAGUUUGGCGAGCGUGUUGGAAUCGAAGAUGUGAUCAUCAGCAAAAGGAAGACUCAAUACGAAAAGGUUUGAGAAAUUCCUUGGAAAUUACGAAUAUAUCCUACAUGCCCGUUUCCGAUGUAAUUUCUACGAUAAUUUUUGGAAAAAUGAAGUUAAUCGGUAUCUGUAAUGGGAAAAAGAGUGUUACCUAGAGGCCUAAAAUUCAAGAGGUCACUUUAGUAGUUCAAGGUGUGAUAAAGCUUGAGUGAGCCUUUUAGGGGUUUUUCAAUUUUUGCCCUGGUUUUAAAUGUCAAAAAGACGGUUAGGGACCAAUAGAAUGCUUCCCUAGAGUGGCCACUUUUGCCAGCUCGAGUGCACUUAUAAAAGGAAGAAAGGUGGUCCCUUGAGGGGAGCCUACAAGAGCCCUUAUAGUGGCCACUCUGUCGUUCCUAAUAACUUUUAAACUUUGAUGUAUAAAAAUGGAACUAAUGAAAUUUCUUUCUGGAACAUUUAGAUUAUAUAAAUAUUGAUCAAAAAACAAAAAAAAACUUAUUAAAAAAAGUUCCAUAAUUUGAAUAAAAAAAUCACAAUAUUCCUUACAGAGUUACGAAAGUUUCUGGAAAAAUAUCAAGGUUUCUGAAUUUUUCUGAUCAUCUUUUUUUAUAAAGAUUUAUUUUUCAAGUUGACAGGAUAGAUUUAUUUUUGUGAGUUUUUUUGGUGUUGAGAACCUUUGAGUUCCUUUUUUUAAAAUAUUUUUUUUCAGUUUUUCCCAUUUUUUCGCACUUGAAAUUUGGAUUCUCCAAUUUCAUAUUGAAAAAAAAACUCAUUUUUUCAGCUGGUCACUGAGAACGGGUACAACUACGACGCGUGGUUCGACUAUCUCCGAUUAUUGGAAAAUGAGGAUGCGGAUCGGGAAGAAGUCGAAGAUCUCUAUGAACGGGCCAUCGCCAAUAUUCCCCCACAUGAUGUUGGUUACCAAAAUGAGCACUAGAAAAAUACAAAAGUUAUUUUUUUUUUUAACCUGAAAAAAAGGAAAAAAGUUUUUCCGUCUUUCUAAUUCGAGUUUGAUUGGGUAAAAAAAAGGUUUAUUAAAAAAACCGUUAGGAAGUUUCAUUGAAAGCAGUUUAGACUCACAAGGAUCGGAAAAACAUUUUUGAAUCAAGGCAAAAACUUUAACAAAGAAGUUGAAACGGGUAUCUCAUUUUUUCUGGUAUUCUCUGUUUUCUCACUGGACCAUACGUGGGCGGCAACCCCUCAAAAACGCCUCCAAAAUGUUUUUUCUUUUUUUGUUUGAAGAUUUCCUUGUUAUAAAAAAAGAUAAGAAUUAGAAGAAAAGUAAAGCUCGCAAAAAAGUUUCUCCCCGAGGUUUUUUUUGUCAUUGGCGCGCCUUUACUAUUUCCAGAUUCUUCAAAUAAAUUUUGGAGAAAAGGCCUCAAAAGCGAUUUUUUUUUGAACUUUUUCUAGGAAGGGCCUUUGAAGGAAAAAAAAGAGAUUCAGAGAGACUUUAUAACUUUUUAGGAACUCGAAAUGGAGCUCUAGAAUAUUUUUUUGGCCUUUUUGUGGCCGUUUGAAUUUUGCCUGCGUUGAAGUUUUCGAGGAAAGGCUUCUGGAAAAAAAUUGUGUUAUUCAAGGAAAUAAAGUGUAUUUUCUACGUAUUCUCUACACUUCAUUAGAUUAUAAUUUUUUUCAAAAAAAUGAAUUUUUCAACUAAUAAGGGAAGUAAUUAUUCUUGGCGUUUGGGAUUUUCAUGAAAAUUGGCCAGAACUCUCCUUGAAGUACUAAAAGAAGAUCCUGAAAGUCUCAACCUGUACAAGUUUCUAGUUUUAUGAGAAAUGAGAGCUCAAAGUCCAAAAAUUAACUAUUUUUACGAAUUUUGAGGGUUUUCUUUGACUUUGAGGCGUCCUUUCUCGAAAACUAGAAAGUUUUGAAGGUUUAGCUUUUAGGAUCUAUUUUUGGAACAUCAAGGAGUUCUCUAUUUCUAGGCGAUUCUUAGGGAAGGAAAUUAAAGUGAUCUUCCUUAUAAAGAAAAAAAAAUAUCAACUGUAUUUUUUGAACCACAUAUCAAUUUUUUCAGGAGAAACGAUUCUGGCGUCGUUACAUUUAUCUCUGGAUCAAUUAUGCGAUUUAUGAAGAACUCACCGCCAGAGAUACGGCAAAAGCUCGACAGGUUCGUCUUUUUUGAGGGAUUUUGACUAGAAAAAAAUGACUUUUUUGGAAAAUUUUGAAAUUUUAUUCUUAAUGAGGGAGAGUUUUUGAAGUUUUGGAUGUUACAAGAGUCAGCAGAAAUUUUUUUUUUCUCAGCUGCCAAAAGUUUAAGUGUAAAUUUUAAUCAGAAAAAAAGUUAAAAAUUUAUUUUUAAAAAAGAGUAAACACAAAUGAUCGAAAAAUUGAGGGAGAUGAGGUGAUUUUCUAUUUUUAUUAAAGAUUUUUCCGAAAUUUGGUCGCUAUUUUUGAGCUUUUAACUCUUUUUUUCCUGGAAACUAGGAAUUUUUGCAAGCUAGUCUUUCAGAAUAUUUUUCUGGUGUAUCAAAGAAUGAUUUGACCGAUUUUGAGAGAAUUCCCAGCUGAAAAUAUGAGGAAAUAUUUAUGUUUUUUCCAACAAUUCCCUUAUUUUCAGGUCUACAAUGCUUGCCUAGACGUGAUUCCCCACAAAAAGUUCACCUUCGCCAAAAAUUUGGAUCAUGUUCGCCCAAUUUGAAAUCCGUCAGCUGGACAUCGAUGCCGCCAGGAAGAUUUUGGUGAUUUUUUUAAAAAAAUUUAUUUAAUUUUAGGAUUUUUUUGUAAAUAGGCCAAAAAAAUUAGUGCAUUCGUAGGAAAGUUUUUUUGAUGAUUUUUUUAAAAAAAUGCUUAGAUUUUUAUGAAACCACAUGUAUCAAAAAUAUUUAGCAAAGACUGUUUUUUUGAAUUUUUUUCCUGAAACAGAAAAAGUGUUUUUUUAAACUGAUUUCUUUAUUCCAGGGAGUUUCCAUCGGAAAAUGUCCAAAGGACAAACUUUUCCGAGCUUACAUCGAUUUGGAGCUCCAACUACGGGAGUUCGACCGUUGCCGAAAACUCUACGAGAAGUUUUUGGAGAAUUCGCCCGAAAAUAGUACUACCUGGAUCAAGGUGAUCAUCAGAUCUUCAAUAAGAACUUGGGGAAGUCAGAGUUGUCCCUUUAGGGGUUAGGAAAGAAAAAAAUCCCUAUACGUAAAAAAAAGCGCUCCGUAGAGAUUCAGGUGGUCCCUAUAGGGUACAAAGUUGCGCUCCGUAGAGAUUCGAGUGGUCCCUAUAGGGUACAAAAAGCGCUCCGUAAAGAUUCAAGUGGUCCCUAUAGAGUUCAAAUUAGCGCUACGUAGAGGUUCGAGUGGUCCCUAUAGGGUAUAAAAUAGCACUUCGUAGAGAUUCAGGUGGUUCCUAUAGAUGUAUAGUAUUUGACUCCUAGGCCCCUAAGGCUUAAGUGGUUCCUAUAGGGGUCUGCUAAUUUUUUGAUUGAUUUGAAAAUUAAAAUGACGUUUUUACUGAUAUUUGAUCGAUUACUAUUCAAUUUAGCAUGUUCCCCUAUAGUGGCCACUUUUACAAGCCCUCGUGGCCACCGUAGGGGAGUUAGAGUGGAACCUUCAAGGGCUCAAAAAAUUUCUUUAUGGGACCUCCCUAAAAAUAAUCAGAUAAUGUAGAAAUUCGAUUUUUGUUGUUUGAAAAUUGAUUUCAAUUGAAAAAUGCGGGUUUUUUUCUUGAAAAAACCUCACGAAAAAUCAAUUUUUGAAAAACUUUUUCUGUUUCGAAUUUUUCAAGAACACUAGAGUGGUCACUACAGGGGAAACCUUACCUUUCCUGGUAUGAGAAACUUGCAAAAAGGCCAUUUUAGGGUUUCAUAUAGUGGUCCCUAUAGUAUUUUAAGCUUUGAAAUCAAAUCAAAAUUCAAAAAACUCCUAUAGGGAACAAUUAACGUUCAGAGGCUCAGAAGUCAGUCCCGAAAUCCCUUUAGGGACCACCUAAAUGUUAACCUUCUAGGGAGCACUUUUUUGUCCACUUAUGAUUUUCCCUCACCUCUCUAAAAUAUUUUUCCUUGAUCUCUUUUGAAAAAACUGAAAAAACCCUAGUUUGGUGACAUUUAAACGGAAUGCUGAGAGAUUAAAGGAGCCCAGACAGGCUAGACAGAUUCGAAUUGUAACGAUUUGACUUUAGAAGUUGAAAAAGAAAGAUGUAAGAAAACAGAAAGACUUCAUUUUUCUAUCCAUUCAUGGUUUUUUUCGUAGUUUGCGGAGCUGGAAACGUUACUGGGAGAUAUUGGAAGAGCUCGGGCCGUUUUCGACAUCGCGAUCCAACAACCAGCACUGGAUAUGCCUGAGGUUCUUCCUUCUGAAACAGAAAUAUGAACUAAAUUAACCAUUUUCAGCUCCUCUGGAAAGCCUACAUUGACUUUGAAAUCAACGCCGAGGAAUACGAAAAAGCCCGGGAUUUGUACGAAACUUUGCUCCAACGCACUAAUCACAUCAAGGUAUAUUUUAUAUCUAUUGGUAUUUUGAAAAUGAACAUUUUCAGGUGUGGAUCUCGUUGGCUGAAUUUGAACAGAGCACGGAAAAUUAUGAAAAUGCGAGAAAGGUAUGAUUUUUUUCAAUAACAGAGAAAGUGUUCACUUUGAAGAUUUAAAAAAACUUUCUGAAAUCGAUUUUUUUCGAAGAUAAGGCUUUGAAAAAAAUAAUUUUUGAAGGUCAAAAUUGGAAUCUUCAUUUUUUUGUAUGAAAAAAAUUCGAUUCGAAGCUCUUUUUUUCGGGAAAAAAAUUGUGUAGAAUGAAAUUUUUCUGUAUCCAGAUUUUUUUAGGAACAAGUUUUUUUAUUUUUUUGAGUAAAUAAGCGAGUAAAAAUGAUAAAUAUAAAAAAAGUUUUUUCUGAAGGCUCAUUUUUGGCUUGUCCAACCCGCCGUUUUCCCAUUUCUAGAAAAAAAUUUUUGACGGAAAAAUUGCGAUUUUUUUAGAAAAGUAAAUUUGUUUUUAAACGAUAAAACAGUGAAAAAAAGAGGUUUUUUGCUUACUGAAAUGGUUUUUCGUACAUCUUUCUCAAGAUAUAAUAAUUUAAGGAUUUCAUCGAGGUAACUUUUUUCAAAGGCUCACCAGACUUUUUUCCAAACUUCAAUUAAAUCAUUUUCUGCACUUUUUUUUCCUCUAAAACACGGAUUUUUCACAUUUUAGCCGCUUAAAACAAUUUUUUCGCGCAUUGUUGGAUAUUCGAGAUUAACUUCCGGAAUCUCUUUUCUUUUUCUAAGGUCUUUGAAAAAGCAAAUAAGGCUCUGAUUUACGGGAAAAAACGUCUAAUUUUGUGAAUUCCUUCAUAGACAAAAUCUGAGUUUUUUUUUUUAAAGUUUCGUCACUUUUUUUGAGAAGUCUAAAGUUAACUCCAACAAUUCCUCUUUUGUUCUCAGAUCUUCGAAAGGGCGAAUACAGCCUUGAAUUACGCUGACAAGGAAGAACGGCUAAUGUUGCUGGAGGCCUGGAAAGAGUCGGAGAAGAAGUCCGGCGACGAAGAGGCUUUGAGACGGUUUCGAAAAGAAAAGAAUGAGAAAAUAGGAAUUUUCUCAGAGUUGAAGCGAUGAUGCCACGAAAGGUGAAGAAACGACGGCAAAUUCAGACGGCCGACGGGGUCGACGCCGGCUGGGAGGAGUACUUCGACUACAUCUUUCCGCAGGAUCAAGGUGAGACUAGGAGAGGAGAAAUGUGGGGAGAAAUUGACAGAGAAUCCACGGUUUUUUGGAAAGGAAAAAUUGAAGCCAUUUGAAAAAUAAAAAAGUCUCCGGAAGUUUAAUGUCACUAAUUUUGUAAAUUUUAGCCUUUUUUAAUGAGCAAGGUAAAAAAGGUAGGUAAUUGAUAUUAAAUCGAUUGGGUUUAUGGUAAUCCCAGCAUAAAAGCGUAUAAAAAAAUGAAAAAUGAAAAAAACGGCUUUAAAAAAAUCUUUCAUUGUUCUUCAAUUUUUCCUCACCUCAUCAAAGUACCUAAAAAAAUCGGAAAUUUUUAAAUUUUAUGCCCCCCCUUCUUCAACUUUUUUUAUAGAAAAAUUGAAAUCAGGUUUUUAAAACAAUUAGUUUUUUUUAAACGAGAAAAAGGUUAUUUUUCAUGGAAUGAACAGUUUUUUUGUGUUACUUGGAAAACAUUAUGGUAAUUUAUAACUUCUGCCUGUUCUUUAUGGGAAAUUGGAAGCUUUUAACUAACCUGCGGCGGAAAAAUUAUUUUUCAGAAGAAAUUUGAAGAAAAGUUCAAAAUAAAAUGGAUAAACAAGUUUUUCAUACUAACCAACAUGUGAGGUAUUUGAGGCCGGGUUCAAAGCUAAUUCUCUGAAACCAAAAUUUUCUCUGAAACUCCAAAAUUCAGUUAUCUUUUUCACUCUCUGACGACUAUUUUGAAUUUCGCGAAAUCACUUUAUAGGCUAUUUUUGGGCUUUGGGCUCCCAUUUUUCGAAAACUAAAAAUUUUUGCAACUUGAGACUUUUUCUAUCCCCUCAUGGUGAAUCACUUUUUUACGGACUUUUUUGGGAAAUUUUCUUUUUGAAAGAAUUUAUUUCCAGCGGCCCAAGGCUCGUUCAAACUUCUGGAGGCGGCGGCGAGAUGGAAGGCCCAACGCGAACAAAUGGCCAAGGCGGCCGCCGAGGCGAACGAAGGCGAUCGUUCGCGUCGCGACGACGACGACGAGGAUGACGACGCGGAGGCGAAGAAAGUUCGCGAAGGUAGAUCUUUGCUCAUGUUAGGGCAGCCGUGAGAAAAUCCCUUCUUGGCAGACCAUUUUUAAGGCCUUCUCUCGUUUCUUCCUAUCUUAGAGGCAUUACUAAUAUCAAUAUUAUGAAAUAUUAAGCCGCGAAAUUAACGCGAUACUGCGAGCGAUAUCGCUAACCUCCCGCGGCGAUCUCGCAAAUAUCUUGAACUAUAUUGCUUUCAAAUACACUUUUUUCCAUUUGAAAAUCAAAAAAGGAAUGUUUUUUUAACCCAUAAGUAAGAGCGAUAUCGCAGCGAGAAGUUUAGGCGAUAUCGCUAACGGUUCCAUGAAUUUAAAUUGCCAAUUGCGAUUUUUUUUUUUUUUUGAAAUGUUCUCUGGUAGAAAAGGUUGUCGCUUUGUGGAGAAUUGAAAACUGAAAUUUGAUCCUUUUGUGUUUUUUGGUCGAGGCUUCAUCUAUAGGCCUCGUUUUUGGGUUAGGAAUUUUCUAGAAAGCGUAUUUGACAUCAGGAAUUUCGUGAGCAGAAAACAAUCGAAGUAAAGGAAAUCAUAAAUUUCCUUUCCUGGAGUUCGCUCAGUUUGAAGUUUCCUAAUUUUCGAAAAAAAAGGCACGAAUAGACGUAUAUUGAACAAAUUUUUUCUCAGAAUCUAUAAAUCUUGCCCCUUAAGUGGUCCCUAUAGAGGUCUAUAAGUUUUUUCCUGAUUUUUAAGGUCAAAAAACUGCUCUCCUCUCCCCUAGAGAGGCCACUUUUGCAAGCUUUACUGACCCCUAUAGGGAAGGUAUAGUGGUCCCUUGAGUGAAACCUACAAGAGCCCCUGAAGUUGCACCUCUAGGGAGCACUGUGGCUUCCCGAAGUGCCUUCAAAAGCUCAAGAAACAAUUUUUGAAUGAAUUUUCGGAAAAAUCGAUGUAUUUUAUCUUAUUCAACAUCAAAUUCCUCCAAUUGAAGGCGACAGCGACACGGACAUUGACGAAUCCUCGGAUUCCGGCAGCGAAUCUUCGUCGACGUCUUCAGAUUCCGACUCUGAUUAA